UUCAGCUCUCUUCUCUCUCUCUCUCACAUUCACAUACACAGGCACAAAUUCGAAACUCUUCGAAUCCUAACCACUCCAACGUUCAAUUUUCUCUGAGAAUGACCACUCCACCACAACUUAGACGUCCAAAUGGCGUCGUCAGCCACCUCUCCGCCUCAAACGGAGGUCGAGUUGCGAAGUCCGACUCAGUUACAAACUCUCAGCUCGUCCGAAAACACGGAGGAUUCAUCGACGUUCCAAAAAAACUGACGCAGCAAAAGGUCAGUGGCAGUGGCACAUCACAGAAGCUGACGAAGCUGUUGCUCAACGUGAGCAUUCAGAAUAGUUUGGGGCCAAUCCAGGUGGUAAUGUCGCCGGAAAACACCGUCCGAGAUUUGACAAAGUCGGCUGUAGAUAUUUAUGUGAAGGAGAAGAGAAGGCCGUUGUUGAGUGAAACUGAUCCUCGGUGUUUCGAGCUUCACUAUUCAUCCUAUAGUCUGGAGAGCUUAAAGCCGGAGGAAAAGUUGAUAAACUUGGGGUCACGAAAUUUCUUUUGUUGCCGGAAAGCCAAUUCAUCUUGCUCCGACGAAGCAAAGGCUGCAACCAGUUCCACGUUUCCAUUGACUAAAUUUAUGGACUUCUUGCUAUAGCUUCUCAUUUGAUCUGAGGAAAGCAAUGGAGGAGGCAGCCAAAGUGUUUGCAUAUUUGUCGCUAAAGUCAUGUAUGUAUUGUACAGCUCUAUGGAUUCAUUGUUGCUUGUGUUUCUAUCAAUCUUUGUUCAUC